CCGGAUGGUGUUGAGCGAUGCCUCGCAAUUUUUAUUACGCGCGUCUUCAUUAAUAAUUAAAAUCGUUUGUAUAUUUAUCAGUGCCAAUGUUAUGCGGUCUCAUUUGUUCGUGUCGUUAGUUAUCAAUCUGUAAGAAUCUUGUGAAUGUUGAAACUCUAGUUGUCUGAGAUGAUGGAGGUUCACCAACCAAAACCGGAGCAUCUAGCAGUGCUGGAGUCCAAUUUCGGUCAUACUGGGUUCCGACCGAUGCAAUGGACCAUAAUUCGUUCUAUCGUCGAAGACCGGCGGGAUAAUUGUGUCAUCAUGGCCACCGGUUACGGGAAGUCGCUGACUUAUCAAUAUCCUUCGGUUUACCUUAACAAGCUAACGAUGGUGAUUUCACCCCUUAUAAGUCUGAUGGAGGACCAAGUCCUUUCUCUCAACCUCAGUAAUAUUCCAGCCUGUCUGCUUGGAUCGGCACAGCGAGCAAAUCCCCUGCCGGACAUAUUGGCCGGCAAGUUCCGGGUCGUUUAUCUUACUCCGGAAUAUGUCACAGGGGAUUCCGGUCGAAAUUUGCUUCAAAACGUUGUUAACCAGCUGGCCUUGAUUGCCAUCGACGAGGCGCAUUGCCUCAGCAAGUGGGGCCACGAUUUUCGCCCUGCCUACCGUGGCCUAGGAAUUGUGCGGAAGGUGUGUCCUCAGGUCCCCAUUUUGGCGGUUACAGCUACGGCUACGCCGCAUGUUCGCGAAGAUAUCGUGUCCAGCUUGGGGCUGAGAAACCCUCAGGUCCUGUGUACGGGAUUCGAUCGGGCCAACUUGACAUUUCAGGUUCGCAUGAAAGGCUCGCUCGGGGUAUGGGAAGACGUCAAGGGAUUGUUGAGCCGAAAUACGGAAGGUAGCAUCAUUAUCUACUGUCUGACCAGGAAGCAGACGGAAGAAAUAGUGGAACUGCUGCAAAGCCGUAAAAUCGAUUGCGAACCAUACCAUGCCGGUUUGUCGCUGAAUCAACGGCGAGAGGUUCACGAACGAUUUGUCCGUGACAAAAUUCAAAUUAUCGUGGCUACUAUCGCGUUCGGUAUGGGCAUUGAUAAGCCGGACGUGCGGCUGGUCAUCCACUAUGGUUGCUCCAAAGAUCUAGAAAGCUACUAUCAAGAGGCGGGUCGAGCCGGUCGGGAUGGUCAACCGUCUCGUUGUAUUAUGUUCUGGAGCAGAGCCGAUUUCAAGACUCACGAAUUCAUUCGGGAACACAGCUCUGGUGGGGUGCAGAAAAAUUUGGAGAGUUUGUCAAAAAAGAUGCACGAAUAUUUGGACACGCGAGACUGUCGACGUUUGUUCAUACUCAAGUACUUCGACGGAGACAAUGUUAAAAUUAAACCGCGCAAGAAUUGCUGUGAUAACUGUGACCGGCUCGAGUCCGGGGUCAAGGACAGCGAACGCUAUGAAGGAAUCGAUGAUGAGGGGCGUUAUGAUUUCACGAAAGAUACCGAACAUUUGCUGAAAGCAAUCGAAGCCUUCGGAGGUGGAACGGGCUUGGCACUACCAAUUGCAUUGUUACGCGGUUCCAAAGCAAAAAAACUUCAUGAAUCCUAUCUGAAAAACCCGCUUCAUGGAGUGGGUAAAUCGCGGGACGAAGAAUGGUGGAAGGCGCUGGCAGGGCUGCUCGAAAGAGAACAGUUUCUGCUCAAGGCAAAGAUUCCAAAUAACUUCAACAAGUUUGCCAUUAUUUAUAAAAUUCAACUCACCCCGUUAGCCAAACAGUGGCUCCAAAAAACUGAUCGUAAACUAUUGAUGAAACCGACCAAUGAAAUGUUCAAAUCAAUCCGGCUGAUCCGGGUCCAGCCACUCUACGAUACAUCAUCGUCGGACUUCCAAAGCCAACCACCAACGAGGACUGGUAGUGGUUUCGACCUAUUGCCCGUUCCAUCAGUCAGCGGUAGCACAAGUAAUGGAACGUCCAGUUCGAAGCUUUUGGAUCCGAUUGUCACUUCAAAGCCCGAUUUGGUUCAGGAUCUAGUGAAAACUUUGCUCAAAAAACGUUCCGAGCUGGCUACCGCCUACGAGUGUAUGCCGUACAUGAUCGCCUCCAACCAGGCUCUGCAUCAGAUGGCCACCAUUCGACCCCUCAAUCUGGAUGAAAUGAAAAAAGCGAAACUGGAUGGAUUUUCCGACAUCAAGAUUCAAAAGUUUGGCAAAGAAUUCUUAAUGUGUAUCCAGCAGAAGUUGAACUUUCUACCGAACGCUGCUAUCGGAAACGGUAUCAAUAACAAUAACAAUGAGGCUGGUGGAAAAUUACCAUUACAGGCCGCUUUACUCCGGCAUCCUUUGGCCAAGACAAAAUUUUCACCCACGCAGCACACCAGUUGGAAUCUUUGGAAUGAAGAGCGUUCGAUAGCCGACAUUGCCAAAUUCCGGAGCUUGUCAGAAUCAAGUGUGAUCACGCAUUUGACAGAGGCCAUCAAGCAUGGAUUUCCUUUUGGUUGGUCAGAUUUUGCCCGACUGAACAUCGAUCAAAAGCUGUUUCAACAUAUCAAAGCUAAUCUUCCGGAAAACGCCAGCUUACUGGAGGGAGGAUUCAAACUAACCGAUAUAAAAAACCGUUGUCUACCCCACAUUACCUUCGAUCAAAUCAAAGUUGUGCUGACCCACGUUCAGGUACGGAUUCAUCUGAAUAAUCUUAAUGUUAGCUUUGUCGAUCAUUUUCAAGAGUUUGGAGGAAAAGCAGAUUCCCAACCGGAAAAAACUCCGCCGAAGGAGAAUGAAGAUCUUUGGGGAGAGGACGACGAGGAUGAUGUUGCAGUUAUGGAGAGCAGCUUUGCCGAAAUGGAUCGCAUGUGUGAAAAAGCAAACGCCGGAGGCAGCGGAGAGCCAAAGAUAUCCUCGUCACAGAACGACUCCAGUAUUUGCAUUAUCGACGAUGAUGAUGAAGAAUUUGAUCUUGACGAAAUAGCUGCUCUAGAAAAGGCUGUUAUAAACGAUAGCACAAAUGUCGUUCACAGAAAGGACCUCUCACCAAACCAUCGACUACAUAACUCAUCUGAAUCACUAACCGCUGUAGUCGAAGGCGACCAAAAACAAAGGAUGAAUAGUAGCCCAGUAACGCAAUCAACUACACAACCGCGAACAAAAACAACGUUUAAAUCGCGUGCUAUUCUCUACGAAGACGAAGAUGAAGAGCAAAAACAGAUUGCACCAUGCAGUCCGGCUAAGCAACCUAAGCUGGAAGAACCGGAAGCGGUACCGAAGAACAUCUUUCGUUUUAAAACGGCUAGCAGCAGCAGCAGUAACAUCAGUAGUAGCUCCUCGACGAUGGUGGUCAACAAACGGAUCGUGUAUGAAGAUAGCGACGACGACGCCGAAGAGAGUGGUCCUGUAUUGCCCCGAAGGAAGUUCUGAAGUUGAAUAUCUGUACUAGUACUUGUUUGUUAUUCAUUUCCUAUAAAUGUUUUACUUUGA